AGAUAAUCAAAAUGCCGAUUGAUACGCGCGAGCUAAUGGAAGCUAUUGCAAUUGUGGCUGAUGAGCGGAAUAUACGUGUAGCUGUAAAACAAUCCGCAAAGGGCACAGCGAUCUGUGCUGCCUGCUGUUUUGCAGGCGGCCUACUGAUGGGUCCAGUGGGCUUAGCUGUUGGUGGCGCUGCCGGAGGAAUUGCCGCCUACAAAGUGACCAGUGGCACAUUUAAGCCGCUGGGCGAGGUUAUAUUAAACGAUUUGACAGACAUGCAGCGCGAACAGCUAGUGCAGCAUGUGACAAAAGCCAUCGCCGAGGUUCAUCCCACAGACUUGGUAAUGCUGCUUCCGUUGAUUACGCAGAAUGCCUCCGUUCAACAGGCUGUGCUCAGUACAAUUAUGUCGUUUGUUACCAAUGAACUGCGCAUGCAGAUUGUUGACUGAUAACCUGAUAACUGGAAUGCGCCCUGGUCUAAUUACCGAUUUUUUACUGAUGUACAUAAGCAAAUGUAUUUUUUAAUAAUAAUUGCCUUAGAUACUAUAUAUCUCUACACAUAUAAAA